AAAACUGGUUUUCCAGAAAACCACUCUCUGGAGGCCUAGCAGCACGUCUCAUGUUGAUAUUCGGAAUCAGCAUGGUCGACUACCUAUAGUCCACUAGGUUUCGGCUCGAAAGCGAUCGGACAGUUGGAGACCUUCCCUCGUUAGUUUUCUAUUUUCCUCCUCGAUCAUGAUAGUGAAAACAGAUCUAAAAAACGAUUUAGAUGAACGAAUGGCGUAAACGCACUUUUUGCUGAUUGUUCAUUUUUUCAGGCCGAGACUUUUUAUAAAUUGGAGACAGUUUCGCGAGAAAACACUGUGUAUAUCUCAGAAACGUUUCCUCUAUAUGAUGAGACUGUUUACAAAAAGCUUCCCAAUCAAACCUGGGGAUUUGAUUUUGCUCAGGGACAAGAAGUCAAAUCGAAACCUAAGGUUUACGAUCAAAUUUUUGCCUCACUAGACGACAAGUGUAAAAAGAAAAUUCUCACAGGCUAAAAUUCAAUCUAUUUGUUUAUAUUCCUUAAUUUGAACGCAUCAUCUUAUUUUCAGAGAUUGAUUGUUCAAAUGGAGAUUGUGAAAAUUCAACAGCAGCAGCAUCAAAUCUAUGUCCACCUGAUAGCUAUUCUAUCGAGGAUUUAUCGUCAUCACCCGUCAACUCAACAUGUUGUUCCUCACCUGGCUAUUGCCGAUGUUCACCGUGUGCUCGGACAAUAUGUGGUGAAGAUUCAAGCAUACAAAUAUUUCGAACGGGUACAAAAUUACCGGGAAAUUGUUGUGAUCAAUUUCAUUGCAUAAAGAGUACAAAAGCGUGUCAUCAUAAUAAAAAAAUAUAUCACGAAAAUGAGACAUGGACAAUUGAUCAUUGCACGACAUGUACAUGUCGGGGUGGCCUUGUUGAUUGUAAUAUGGUACAAUGUCCAGCAAAUCCACAUUGUGGCUACAUGUACAAACCAGAAACAGAAUGUUGCCCAAAAUGUGCUGGUUGUUUAAGUGAUACAUUACAUAUUCAAGAAAUAAAUUCAACAUGGAUUGAAUCAAAUGGUUGUAUUAAAUGUUUUUGUGAAAAUGGUCGCUCUCGAUGUUUUGUUGAAGGUUGUAUAGCACCACCAUGUGAAAAUCCGCGACAAAUAGCUAAUGUUUGUUGUCCCGUGUGUGACGAUCCACCAGAAUAUCAUCAUUUAAUUGAUCAAGUACAGCAUAAAAAUCCACAUAAAUGUCCAUUGUUAACAGCCGAUUGUAAAUUAGAAUGUGAACAUGGUCUAUCAAAAGAUGAACGUGGAUGUUUGAUAUGUCAAUGCUUAACAAUGACUUGUCCAUCGUUUUGUACUUUGAAGUAUAAAACACAACAUCAACAAUAUUGUCAAUGUUACCCACCAUCACCCUCUUCAACUGUAGAACAUCUUCCGUUCUAUAAUUGUACACAAUUUAAUUGUGAUAAAAAUUGUCCAUAUAAUUAUAGUGUUGAUCAACAAACAGGCUGUCCUUAUUGCGAAUGUAAUCCAUGUCCCAUAUUAUCAAUACGUAAUAAAGCGUAUAUCAUCUUUCCAGGUUCAAAAGAGAGUAUAAAUAACGCACUUCUGAAUGGAGAUGGUGAUAUUGGAUGGCCGCGACAGUGUCAAUCCGGUCAUUACUCUUAUUCAAAUGGCGAAAUAUGGUUUGAUGGAUGUCGACAAUGUCUCUGUCAUAGAGGAGAGCAAUACUGUGCACUUAUUUCAUGUCCAGUACCAAAAUGUUUAAAUCCAGUAUUACAUCAUAACAGAUGCUGUCCAUCGUGUCCAGGCUCUCAAAAUUAUAUUGAGCCAGCUACAAGUCAAGUAUGUUAUCAAGGUGUUAAUUCAGCGUAUGUUAGCGGUGAAGAAUUAGAAUUUGAUAAAUGUACAAAAUGUGUGUGUCUGAAUGAAAUAGCAUUUUGUAGUGUUGCUUUUUGUCCGCCGUUACGUUGUUCAAAUCCAAUAUAUAAUUCAAGUUUAUGUUGUCCUGUAUGCCCAUCAUCAGCGAAAUUUGGGAUACCAUAUGUGGAUAAUGUAAGUGGCCCAAGUGAAAUAUGUUUACUAGAAAAUGGUUUAGAAAAAAACGAAGGUGAACUAUGGAAGCCAAACGAUUGUGAAUCGUGUAUAUGUUAUCGUGGUAAAGUUGAAUGUUUUUUACAAACAUGUCCACCAUUGUUAACAUGUCCGAAUCCAGUGUUAAAAAAAGGACAAUGUUGUCCAUAUUGUAUACAACAGAAGAAAAUAUCUGUCUGUGUAUUCAAUUAUGUACAGUAUAGAUCAGGAGAACAUUGGAAUGUAAGUGAUUGUCAUCGUUGUGAAUGUUCAUUUGGCAACAUUGUUUGUCAUCAACAUAAAUGUCCAGCACUCACAUGUAUACAUACAGUUACAUUGCCAGGAAAUUGUUGUCCGAUAUGUCGUGACCAAUUACCAUUCUAUGCACAACAACAGAAAAUUCCAAUAACAAAUCCUUCAAUUGAAAUCACCAUUAUACUUGGUAUAUUUGCCGCAUUGAUUAUCAUUCUUGUUAUUAUUGUUACAGUAUUGAUCAUAAUUAUUCUUCGACGUAAUACUCCUAGGUCCUCCAAUGAUAGUCAUCACACACAUGUGAAUGGGGCUGUAGAAAACAGUAUAUGUAGUGGAGGUGGCAGUGGUGAUGAGCAUAUUUCAACAACACAUACAGCUAGUUCUAAUAUAUCUAAAGGAUCAUCGAAUGAUACUUACUCGUAUGUAAAAUAUGAUCUAAUUUCAAAACAAACGUUAACAACAUCAUCAAAUCAAUUAUUGAUGGAUCGCGAUUUCCAUCACCAACAACCGAUCAUCGAUUCAUCCACAUCCGUUCAAAUGACAGAGACAGAAGCGCUAACCGAGGGUAUAUUUGAUGAAAACGAAGAAGAUCUCCAAGAACAUUGUUUUAUUGAACGAUCAUCAAAUAGUCGAAGUGAUGAUCAGGAUGAUAAUGAUUCGAUUGAACCACAACAGUCAUUAGUGCAACCAACCAUUAUUUAUGUAUAA